AUGUCAACCAGUGAGACCCAGUCCAAAGAAUCUGCGGAAGUGCUUCAUGGAAACGUCUCUCCAGAGGAGUUUGCAGAGAAGCCUCUGGAUGAACAGCUUACAGAAUCAAAGCACUACUAUCCUAACGGAAAACCCUACUGGUUUAGAUCCACCUUUUUCCAGGCUACCAUUGUUGGUAUCUGUGCUCUGCUGGCCCCAGGUAUCUACAAUGCCAUGCAAUCUACCGGUGCUGCUGGUAAUUUCACACCUUACCUGGUGAUGAGGGCCAAUUCCAUUUUGAACUCUCUCAUGUUCGUUGUGUGUUUCCUCGGUUCUACCGUUGCCUCUAAAAUUGGUUUGAAGUGGACCUUCGCUUUCGGAACGACUGGUUACGCUAUCUAUGCCGCUUCUAUCUACGUCAACAACAGAUAUGGAACUGAGUGGUUUGUCUACCUCGGUGCCGCAUGCUGUGGUCUGUCUGCUGGUAUUUUCUGGGCUGCCGAGGGUGCCAUUAUGAUUGGUUAUCCAGAGGAGGAGAAGAGAGGUAGAUACCUCGCCUACUGGUUGGCCUAUAGAAACAGUGGUUCCAUUAUCGGUGGGGCUAUUAACCUGGGUUUCAACUCCAAGGGUAAGACCGUGGGAAAGCUCAACUGGAAGACUUAUAUUGUGUUUGUUGCUUUGCAGUCGUUGGCACCAUUUGUCGCCCUUUUUGUCUCUCCUCCUCAUAAGGUUCAGAGGAUCGACCGCAAAAAACUUGUAAUGGAGAGAAAGAUUCCUGUCCUCCAGGAGCUGAAAGAAGUUACUCAGUUGAUGUUCACUCGUGAUAUCUUGUUGGUUCUUCCGUUGUUCUUUUACGCUACUUAUGAUCUUUCCUACAUUAGUUCAUAUUUGACCCUUUACUUCACUACCAGAGCGCGUGCUUUGGCCUCCUUGGUUGCAGCUUUACUCCAGAUUCUGGGAAAUUUGUUCUUCGGAACUUUCUUGGACUGGAAGAGAUUCUCAAUCAACCAAAAGGCCAAGUACGGCUUUAUUUUCAUGAUGGUCAUGCAUGGUGCUUCUUGGAUCUACGGAACCGUGGUCCAGCACGACUACACCACAAACCCACCAAAGUUGGACUGGUCCGAUGGAGCCAGCUUCGGAAGAGGUUGGACUGUGUAUCUGUGGUGGCAACUCAACUUUUCCUUGAUCUACAACUACUGUUACUGGAUGGUCGGUUACAUGUCCAAGAGAGAAAGUGAUCACGUUAGACACACCUCUAUUCUCAGAGGUAUAGAGGCCGCCGGUGGAGCCGUUGCAUCUGGUAUCAGUUCAACAACUGCUCCUUUGAUUGCUUCUCUGGGAAUUAACUUCGGACUUUGGGCGCUUUGUAUUCCAUUUGCCUGGUUUGUGGUAAGAGACAUUGGAAAACCUAAGGUCAAGUCUUCCGACGAAGAGUUAAUUGAAGAGUAG